AUGUCAACAUCAAAAUCGACAAGGGUUGUCAUUCUCGGGGCUGGCACGCAGGGAAGGAGACUGGCGUAUAUGUGGUCCAGUGAAGGAGGUCCCGUUACCUUGGUAGAUCUCCAGGAGAAGCAACUACGGGAUGGAUUGGACUAUGUACAACAGCUUCGAGAAGCCAAACCUGACGAAGCUGAUCAUUGGGGGGAAAUCGAAAUUGCUCGCCCUGAUUCACUUGCAGCAUCAUUGCAAAAUUCAUGGUUGGUGAUAGAAGUGAUUGCCGAGCUGGAUGAUCUGGCGCCACUUAAUACCAUCAUCGCAUCAAACUCCAGUAGCUAUGGAAUCGCAGAGAUUUUAGACGGCCUUUCGCUGAAGAACCAAACAAGGAGACGAGACAUCGUUGCUGAUAAGGUUGAUCAAAUACUAUCAGACUGGCCACCUGAAACAUCAGCAAUCGAAAUAAUGGGGCAUGAGAAGACCGAUCCCCCAAUUUUGGCUCAUCUUCUUGAAAGCUGCAAAGCCCAUGGGUUCUCUCCCUUCCAUGUCAAGAAAAGCUCAAUCGGCUAUAUAUACAACAGGAUUUGGGCAGCUAUCAAACGAGAGACUCUUCUCACUCUCUCUGAAGGGGUCUGUACCCCUGAAGAAAUAGAUUCAAUCUUCAAGAAUGUUCUCAAAACACCAAAGGGGCCCUGUGAACAGAUGGAUGUUGUUGGCCUGGAUGUUGUUCUUGAUAUUGAGAAUCACUACGCUGAGUCUCGAGAUGGACUUCCCACAGAGCCACGAGAAUAUCUUAAGCGGUUUAUUCAAAAUGGUGAACUGGGAGUGAAGAGUGGAAAGGGAUUUUAUAACUACGAUAGUUUAUGA